AACUUGGUAUCAUUUAACUACAAAUAUGAACUCUUAUUCUACCAACCACGCAAAUGUGGCCUCGGAACAGUUGAUCUUUUUGCAGGUGGUUAUUGUACAGAUAUAAUUAUAACCCAUCAUCGUCAUGGGUGAGUGUUGCAUUUUGUAUUAAUAUCGACUCCACUAUAAAUCCUUCAUCAAACCCCCUCUUCAUACAUCAUCAAACCCACUCUUCAUACAUCAUCAAACUCAAACUUCUACUGUCGGUUUCAUUCGAUUUCUGUCUUUCUUCUUCCAAUGAAGUUCAGUCUUCUCCACGUUUCCACACUUCUUUCUGUGAGUAUACAUAAGUUGUUGGUAUCUUCAAAAUCUGAAUAUUUAAUGUCUUUCUGCUACAAAAUGUCUUUCUCUCAAAUGAACUGCAUACAAUGUGUUUCUUCUCCAUGAUAUAUGAACUAAUUAAAGCUGGAAUAUCUUGAUAUGUGUAUAUAUGUUUGAAACUUUGGGGUUAAUUAAUCUCGGUUAUGUUUAAUUAUUUGUGGUUUGAAUAUCAGCUAGCACUUCUGGGAUGCCAUGCAGUGACUCCUGAUGUUUACUGGAAGUCUAUGCUGCCAAACAGUCCUAUGCCCAAAUCAGUCAAGGAUCUUGUGUACACUGCAGGAUGGACGGACGAGAAGUACACCAUGGUCGGAGUUGGGAGUCGUGGGGUGGAGGUGGGCGCCGGAACACCAGGGGAUCAAACGGAUGUUGGUGUCGGAAGAGGUGGUGUUGCUGUGCAUACAACCCACAGAGGGAAGCCCGUUUGCGUAGGUGUACAUCCAGGACCCGAUCCAUUCAAUUACCUCUACGCUGCCUCUGCUGAUCAACUCAAAGAUGAUCCAAAUGUAGCUUUGUUCUUCUUAGAAAACGACUUGCAUCAAGGAAAGGAAAUGAAGUUACAUUUCACGAAAGUCGACCCGACCCAAAAACCAAACUUUUUACCUCGACAGAUAGCUGACUCGAUACCCUUUUCAUCAAACAAACUUCCACAAAUCUACAAUAAGUUCUCGAUAAAACCUGACUCACUGGAAGCUGAAAUCAUGAAGCAAACACUAAACCAAUGUGAGAGCAAAGGCAUCAAAGGCGAGGAAAAAUAUUGCGCAACGUCAUUAGAGUCCAUGGUGGAUUUUAGUACUACAAAGUUGGGUAAAAAAGUGAAAGCCAUCUCAACAGAAGUAAACGUUAAAGAAAGUAGUCCAUUGCAGAAGUAUACGAUUGAGGGAGCUAAGAAACUUGUAGCAGAUAGAGCUGUGGUUUGCCAUAAGAAAAACUACGCUUACGCUGUGUUUUAUUGCCACAAAACUGUUAGCACUCGAGCGUACGUUGUUUCUUUGGUGGGAGAGGAUGGGACUAAAGCAAAAGCAGUGGCAGUUUGCCAUACAGACACCUCGAAAUGGAACCCGAAACAUUUGGCUUUUAAAGUGCUUAAAGUGAAACCAGGAAGUGUCCCAGUUUGUCAUUUCUUGCCUGAAGAUCACGUUGUUUGGGUUCCAUACUAAUAAUAUUAACAGGAAAAACACAUUAGAUAGAUAUUUUAUUAUACUUUCCUUGUAUAAUCCUAUUAUCAAAUUUAUCACCGUUCUUUCUCCCAAUUUAAUUACUGAUCGUUUUGUAUUAACCUGUUAAGUACAUUUUAACUUUAUAUUUAUAUUAUAUAUGCUUAGAAAAAUAACAAAUUAGAUGAUAGAGAUUUAUAAUUUUUUUUACGAAGACGAUG